CACCCACCAAGAAGUCCACGACCAACAGUAGAGUCCUGACUCCAACCUUAGGUCACCACAGCUCUACAGACCUUUAAAGCAUAACCUAACUAAGUUGUAGCCCCACUCCCUCCCUCAGACUAACUGAGAUACACUACAUCGUGUACUUUAUAUUUGUCAAAGGCAUUGAUUCCUAAUUGGGAUUUCCAAACACUGAAAGCAGAGUGUUUUAGUGACACCCUGGCGUGUUUUAUUGUUUUUUGUUUCGCGGCAUACUUUGUUCACUCGGCAGUGUGACUCCCAUUUCCUCCUCACUCCCAUGCCUGCUGCUCUCACGUAAGACUGAAGUUUCUGGCAGCGCUUUCAUGGACUCCAACCCUCUAGCUUCCUACGAUAAAUAACAGAAAGCCUGAACCUAGACGGAACCGUUUGGACUUCUGGGGGAAGGUUAGAGGGACGACCGAGGCGAUUUCCUGGCUCUGAAAACUGAAACAAGUGGAGAAGAGGAAAAAAAACACGACUUUCGAGGAUCAGAUCCGCCUGACAGCGUCGCUAUUAAGAUCCCGUUUUGAUUUUGUCAUCUGUGAACUUUAAGAUGUCUAACAUGGAGCUGGUCAUCAGGAACUCCAGUCUACACAACCAGUCGGAGGUUUUCACAUCAGUCUUUAACUCCAGCUGUCGCUUUAACGAGGAGUUUAAAUACAUCCUUCUUCCUGUGUCCUACAGCCUGGUGUUUGUGAUUGGCUUCAUUCUCAAUGCCUUGGCAUUGUGGAUGUUCAUAAAGAUGCGCCCGUGGAACCCGAGUACCGUGUACAUGUUCCACCUCGCUCUGUCUGACUUCUUGUACGUACUCUCGCUGCCAACUCUCAUCUACUACUACGCUAACCGAAGUCACUGGCCUUUCGGCUUGGCUGCCUGCAAAAUUAUCCGGUUCCUCUUCUAUGCCAACCUCUACUGCAGCAUCCUCUUCCUCACCUGCAUCAGUGUACAUCGGUAUCUUGGCAUCUGCCACCCCAUCAAGGUGCUGACAAUGGUGAAGCCCCGUCACGCCCACCUGGUAUGUGGCUCGGUGUGGUGUGUCGUGACUGUGUGCCUAGUGCCCAACCUCAUCUUCGUCACAACCUCCAGGAGGGACAAUGACACGCUGUGCCAUGACACAACUCACCAGGAUGCCUUCGAGCAGUAUGUUGACUACAGUUCUGUAGUCAUGGUGCUGCUGUUUGGCAUCCCCUUCAUUGUCAUUCUGGUCUGUUACUGUCUGAUGGCGCGGACUCUUUGUCAGCCCAGGCGGGGAUUAUCGUCCAGCCAGCAGGCCACCGGGUCGCGGCGGAAGUCCAUCAAACUUAUCAUCGUGGUGUUGGUGGUGUUCGCAGUGAGCUUCGUCCCAUUUCACAUCACCCGAACACUCUACUACACCUCACGUGUGCUGAAACUCAACUGUAAGUUCCUAAACAUUGUAAACUUCACCUAUAAAAUCACGAGGCCGCUGGCAAGUGUCAACAGCUGCAUCGAUCCCAUCCUUUACUUCCUGGCCGGAGAUCACUACCGCUCCAAACUAAUGUACGUCCUGACAAGAGGAAGAAACAGGAAAUACAACCAAAGUCAGCAGAACAGCAAUUUGGGUCUGGUCUGUAAGAACUCAACUCCUAAGGCUAGUGAAUAAGCUGAGAGACAGUGAAGAAUUAAAAGUGUUAACUAUAAAUAAUGUAUUUCUACUUGUGACUAAAAAAUAUAUUUUUUAAAAUGGACAAUUACUGUUUAACAAAAGCUUUUACUUUUAGUGAGUAUAUGGUUUAUUUACAGAUUUAUGUGAAAAAUCUUUUUCACCAGGUUCAAAGACGUUCAUUUCUUACUGUAUUCAUAGUACUUUGCACAACAUGAAGUUUGUGAUUUUUGUUUUUAAUCAAAGUUUGUUUCUUUUUUCUGUGUAUAACAUGCUUCCACAGCGGCUUUCACAGACAGGGACCCAAACUUGUGCCACACCUAGAGGGGACAUAUCAUGCUCUUAAAUCCUUCAUUUUCACACUUAAAUCAUUCAAUUGUAGUCUAUAUAAAGUGGAACUGCAACACUUCGUUGUGAAUUCCUUGUUAUUGUAGCUCCACAGGCCUCUCUUUUACCUCUUUUCUGAGAUGCGUCUGAGAGCAACUCAUUUUGGUGAGGUCACUUUAAAUGCUAACGAGGCACUUCAUACCCUGCCCCCACUAGGCUGCAGAGUGUUCUACUCCACCCUAUUUGGCCAUUUAUGUAGUUUGAUAACAGAGAUACAUUUAUCUAGCUGUGCAGAAACUUUAAAUUCCCAAAUAGAUUAAAAGAUGUAAACAGCGGAAGACUUGUCCAUCCAGCCUUACAUGUUGAAGCCAGAGUCUGACCCAGAGCGAGAGCAGAAGGCACGAUGCUACUGCUAUCAAAACGGUGGUCAGGACGUCAUAUCAACACACAAUAAAUUCAUGUCUAAAAUCA